GUGAAUGGCAACGGAGCAAGAGAGGGAAGUGGAAACAACGACAUCGACGAGGAGGAGGAGGAGGAGGAGGAAGAAGGAGUUGUGUGGCCCCGUUGAGAAGCGAUGCUGGGUGGUUAAAAGGUUCAAGCAACCGCAGGGACCCAAUUUUUAGGCAAAAGAAAGGGGGGCGAGGAAGGGCGGGCCGUGUUGGCAUGAUGCUACUGCUCUGCUGUGCUGUGCUCUACCACUCCGCAGCAGCAGCAAGUGGGUAGGGGGAUGUGUCGCUAAAGUCUUCGCUCCCUUCCCUCCCGGGUCUUUUUUUGUUGACAAUGGGGACGUCGCCUGAUAGUAGCUUGGAUGCAUCGGCAUCUUGUUUCUUCAUGCGUAGCUACAGGAGCAGCAGCAUUCGGAGGUGGUCGCGCGCAGCAGGGCGGGAAGAGUCUCUUGUUGGUGUUGGUGAUGUUGCUGGUAAGCCGAGGGAGAGGAAGAAGAAGAGAAAGAAAGAGGAGGGAUGAGGAAGAUUCUACCUCGUUGAGAGUCUGCCCCAUGUUUGCUUUUGCGUCUCCGAAAGCGUACUCUGAGAGUUCAACCCGAUUCCACAGCUUCCGAACGACUGUCACCCUUAAGCUUGCUUCAGUUGUAGGGGAGCUUCGAAUCAACGCCGAAUUGAGCCGUGAAGUGCAAUUGGUGUAGUGAUUAAGGAGCAGGAUUCUGUAGUUUUGAAGGAAGUGCAGGGAAUUAUGGUUGUUCUUGCCAUAAUUUGUAGACUACCGGCGGGCGAUUUCAGAACAGUUGUCACUUCAGGACUGCCGAGCGAACGGUCGUGUUGAGAAGCAAUUCCACAAUGCGGUGCGUUUGUUUUGUCCCGAAAACAACUGACGAAGAUGACGAUCCAGUUUAUCAGAAAGGGGCCAACUCCAGUCAUUCUUUCGCUCAAUCUGUCGGGUCGAUUGGGCCCCGUUCUAUGCACAGCAGCAUCGGAGGAUAUUCCUACUCCAGCCAGGAUCUGCAGGCCAAGCCGCCUGGCGCGGAGACGUUCACCAUGGUGGAGCUAGCUCAUGCUACUGCUAAUUUUUCUCCUCAAAACAAAAUAGGGCAAGGAGGGUUUGGGACAGUUUAUAAAGGUAGGCUCCGUGAUGGCAGAAUGGUGGCAAUCAAACGAGGGAAGAAGGAUGCCUAUGAACAGAGGUUAUCGGUGGAGUUCCGCACUGAGGUUGAGACGUUAUCCCAGGUGGAUCACUUGAAUCUAGUCAAGCUUAUUGGCUACACGGAAGAGGGUAGCGAGCGCAUCCUCGUGGUGGAGUUUGUCUCAAAUGGUAACCUUGGUGAGCAUCUCGACGGUACUUACGGCAAAGUGCUGGACAUGAGCACACGGCUCGACAUUUCCAUAGACAUUGCGCACGCACUGACAUACCUCCAUCUCUACGCGGAUAGGCCCAUCAUUCACAGAGACAUCAAAUCGUCGAACAUUCUCCUCACCACCACAUACCGUGCGAAGGUUGCAGAUUUUGGGUUUUCGCGAGUUGGGCCGUCCACGGACGUCGGAGCGACCCACGUCUCCACGCAAGUAAAAGGAACUGCAGGGUAUCUGGAUCCCGAGUACUUGAACACGUACCAAUUGAACACGAAGAGCGAUGUGUACUCGUUCGGCAUUUUGCUUGUGGAGAUCUUUACAGGGAGGCGGCCUAUAGAACUCAACAGGCCUAGUGAUGAGCGCGUAACCGUACGGUGGGCUUUUCGAAAGUUCGUGGAGGGGAAUAUCAUCGACAUACUCGAUCCCAAGCUCGAGAGGUCACCGGCUGCGGUGUCCGUGAUUCAACGCCUGGCGGAGCUUGCAUUCGCAUGCUCUGCGCCUACGAAGGGCGACAGGCCGAGUAUGAAGAAGGCAGCAGAAGUUCUGUGGGAGAUUCGGAAAGAUUACCUCGCUGAGCAUCAGAAAGAGGAGAGGAUCAAGGCUGAGAGGUCGGAGAGCAUCCGAAUGGAGAGCGCGAGAAGUGACAUGUCGGCCGAUUCUCAGGUCUCGCUUCACCAAACCUCAAACCGCCGACGGCCAUCUUGGAUUCAAUAAAAUUCCCCUCACUUUCUGUAUUGGUUUCGUUCGAUGACAUACCCUCGGAGCUCACGUUGAGUUCAUCUGCAAGCAGACCACUACGAUCUCCGCAGCCUCCCAUGAUGUUCGUGGGCAGCUUAUUUCGCUGUAGUUUCAGAGGAGACUGCGAUUAUGGCACAUUAGCACCAGUUCUAAAACCGAGAAGGUACUCUGCACCGGCAAGACAGUGUCAUAUAGUUGUGGUGGAACCCUAGUGUGUGCUUGCUCACUGCAAAUGUGAGGUCGUGGGACGGAUCUCUCCAUGGAUCUCUCGAGAGAACCGCGAGCCAAGGACAGCAGCGCCGGAGGUACCACGUCUUGGAAUCGAUUGAAUUGAAUAUUUGUGAAGGAUGUAGAAGUUUGCAUCAGAUUCAGUGAGUGUUUUGUGCAUCUCCAAUGGCGCAGGCACAGGGUAGUUGAGCAGUUGUGCAGCAACUACCAGUGGAUUGUUUUGUGAGCAUUGGCUUUGCCACGGAUGUGUUCCUAAGUAAUGCCAAGUAUUAUAAUUCUCGCGCAGAGGCCUUGAAUAGAUGAUUGAGUUAUUCACAUGCUUA